AAAAUUUUAUGUCUUAAUUUAUUUUAUAAUAUUAAAUCAAAACUAUUUUUUUUAUACAUAGUUAUACAUAAUUAUAUAUAGAUACAUAUAUAAUAUCUAUCUUGCAUAGUAAUGUUGGUUAACCUAUAAUAAGAAACAUGUUACUACAAUCGAUGUAUAAUAUACAAUAGAAUCGAUAUAUAAUAUACAAUAUUUAAUAUUAUUUUCAAAUAUAUUAUAAUUAAAUUUAUUUUUAAUACUUAAAAUAAGUUUUAUUAUAGAAAAAGAUAUAAAUAUUAAUUAAGAUAUAAAAAAAUUAAAAAAAUGGAUGUUAAUAAGGCAAAGUUAUCAAAAAGUAUUUUAGAAAUGAAAUUUAUGAAACGUACUAAAGAAAAAGUGGAGAAACAACAAUUUCAAGAAGAGGGAGAAGAAUAUUUUGGAAAUGAAUUAACAAAACGUAUGAAAAAAGAUUCAGAAAGAUUUAUCAUUGAACCCAGUUAUGUCUUUUGUGAAAAGUUAAUUGAUGGUAGAGUAAGUUUUCAAGGAAUGAAUCCUGAAAUAGAAAAAUUGAUGGAAGCAGAACAAAACAAUGAAAAUAUUAAAAUGGAUGUACAAAAAGAAACAGAUAUUUCAGACGAGCAAAUGGCAAAAAGUUGGAAAACUUAUAGAAAAAUAACAAAAAAUGAACAUAAAUAUGAAAAAUCAUUACAAAAACAUAAUAACAAUCAUGAACCAUUACCAAAAAAACCAAAAUUUUUGAAACCACAAUAUUAGUAUUUAAUAUAAAUCAUAUUUAUAUAUGUAUAUAAUUAAUUUUAAUUAAGUUCUUUACAUAAAUAUUUUUUGUUUAAGAAUAAUAUAAUAACUUUUAAUUUUAUUGUAAAGUAUAUAUAAUUUCAUAAAGAAAAAAUUUAUAUUUUCAUAUUGCAUAUUUUCAUAUUUAUAUAUUGCAAUAAAAUUUGUAUUUGAAAUGUAUAAAAGUAUUAAAAUGUAAGUAAAUAUUUAAAUAUAUUUUAAUUAGAUAUUGCAUAUAUUUAUAUAGAUAUAUAUUAUUAAUAUCUGAAUUUUAAAAAUAUUUUAUAUUUAAUUAAUUUUGUUAUUAAUUAUAUUAUCAUAUUGAUCAAGCAAAUUUACAAAAAUUUCUACAGAUACAUUAUCUGUGCAACUUUUUUUUAAUCCUUUUUCCCAUAACAAAUCAAAGCUAUUAUUAGGGAAUUGAAUUCCAAUAGCUUCAAAAAUACUUCUUAUUUCUUCUUUACUUCGAAGCUAAUUGAAAUUUAAUUAACAAUGCAUAUAUUUAUAUUAUAAAAUUUAAAUGUCAAAAUAUUCUAUAAAUAAAUAUUUAAAUUUACUUUAGAGAGAUCUGUAUUGCUAAGACCAUGUUUUGUAAAAAUAUUUGGAUGUAUAAGACUGUAAGCAGUAGGUUUAUCCAAAUCUUUAUAAACUCCUGCUGUUGGGAUAUCUGUGAAAAAAUGAAAUAUAUUUGUAAGCAGAAAUAAUGAUUUUAUAUUUAACAUAAUGAAUUAUUAAUAUUAAUCUCUCACUAUAUAUAUAUAUAUAUAUAUAUAUAUAUAUAUAUAUAUAUAUAUAUAUAUAUAGUAUCUUUAUUAUAAUACUGUACUAUAAUAGUAUUUUCUAUGAUUUUAAUAAUUAGUACAAUGUAAUAAAAAACUAACAUGUUAUAAUAUAUUUGGUAAUAAAGUAGAAUAAAGAAUUCA